ACAGACCUCUCAGCGCACUUCCAAAACAUGGCGUACGCGCUUUUAGUGGCAUACAAGUCCCUUUGCCUGAAGGAAGUGCCCGUGGGCUGCAUCUACUACCACACCCCCACCCAGAAGGUGAUUGCCACAGGCUACAACGACACCAACGCGUCGCUCUGUGGAACGCGCCAUGCCGAAUUCAUUGCACUUGAAAAGAUCUUGGCCCAGAAACAGUUUAAGGAUAAUCGGGAGGUGGUGGAGUAUAUGCACGGCGUGGUGCUCUACGUGACAGUUGAGCCCUGCGUGAUGUGCGCGAGUGCCUUGAAACAAUUGGGGCUCAAGAAGAUCUAUUUUGGAUGUCUGAACGACCGGUUUGGUGGUAACGGCUCGGUUCUCAAUAUUAACAGGAGACAAACCCCUCAAGACGCUUCUACAUACGUUUCGUACCCCGGGAUCUUCCGGCUCGAGGCGGUACUCCUUCUCCGCCAGUUCUACAACCAGGUUAAUCCAAACGCUCCACAGCCAAAGAUUAAAAAGAGCUAUAACGUGUUUAAGUUGGAGUUUCCUCAGUUGAACUACAAGUUGUACACAUCCCGAGACGAGUUUGUGGAGACGUACGGCGAGGGCCGCGCACACAUGUACGAC